CCAACGAAGGACUAAGGAGAGUAUUUUUUGUAGGGUUUAAUUGAAGGGAGGGUGGGUUGCGUCUCUUUGGCGGAAUUACACAGUAUACAACUGUAGAACAUGCGGAAGCUGAACUGAACUCUUCUCGUAGUUUCUCUGCGCGGGAAGGAAAUGGGGAAGGAAGGCGAUCUUUGGGAUGACUCUGCUCUCGUCAAGGCGUUCGAUGAUGCCAUCUCCAAGUACAAGAUAAUGCAUAAGAAAGCCCAAAAUGAUAGCAUUGACAAAGGAGGAAACGUUGUGGACAGCACAGAAGAGAGUUUAUCAGCUUUUGUUGAUGAAAGCCAAAAUCCUCCAAGGUAUGCACAGGCAGGUGAUAACAGCAAUGAUGCAUCAAAUACCAAAAUAGAAGCAGGAGAGACUAGUAAUCUGAUGUCAAGUGAAAACAAUCAUGUUGUGGAUUCAUUUGUUCAGGAACCAAAUGCAAGUUCGUCAUACUUACAACAUGCACAAGAUGGAGCUCAAGGCUAUUCAGGCACACAAGGAGCAGAAGAUUAUACCCAAUUGCUGAAUCAAUAUUAUGAGCUUGAGGAGCAAAAGCAAAAGAUUUUGCAGCAACUUCAGCAUCUUGGCAAUUGGAAUUACCAAGAUUCUGGUUCUACUGUACAGUGGGGUGCUCACUCUGCUUCUCAGGAACAUCCUAUGGGCCAACCGUCUUACACAGCAUACUGCCCAUAUGUUUGUCAGUGUCUUGUAGCUCCUUGUUCUUUUGGUGGGGCUUGUGGUGCAACUCCAGAUAUAGGUCAGAAUGGGAACUCACCUUCAUUUAAAGAUGGCAAUAUAAUUGAAACAGCAAUUGGAGCUGCUGAAAGAGCACUUUCCUCCUUCAAGAUAAAAUCUCCUGAGAAAGGGGAAGAGGUGAUCCAAGGACAACUGGAACAAAGUGCCAUCUGUGAAACAAACCUGACUGAUGUUUUUAAUGCUUGGUAUUCUGCCGGCUUCCACACUGGCAAAUAUCUUGCAGAGCAGUCUAUGGCAAAGAAACGGCAUGGCUAGGCCUGGAACCACAUUGUCAGAUGGAGGCAAUAAAGAGUUUGAUACGUUUUUUUACAUCUUGUCUACUCUGUAUAUGCCUCAAUGAAGAGUUGGAUGGAUGUAUGUACCAUAAGCUUUUUGUUUCAGCUUGUGGAAAAUUAAGCCAAUCAGUCAAAGAGUUGUAAUACUACUACCUGCUGCAUGAAAGUAUGAAUCUGCAUGGCUCUUUUUGUA